AUUUACUUUGCGCUGGAUUAAAGUAGUGCAUUUACGCUAACAAUUUACUAUAACUGACGACGUGUUUGCACAGAGUGUUGUCGAAAUAAGCGUUUCUAACAUUUUGUGCCAACUUAAGCCGACACCGCCGGUACAUACCGUCAAACCUUCGAAAUAAGAGCACAAUGUUUUCCGCGCUUUUUACCACUACAAAAACAGUUAGCUUUAGCUUCAUAAAGUAUCCACUCUGGUGAAACUCUUAAGAACUAAUAUCGCUCCGAGUUGGCUUGUGCAGUACGCAAAGUAUUCAUAAAUCUAUGUGAAACGACUAACCGCCAGCAGAAGUCAUUGUAACCUAUCUACGACACUGCUGUUAGCAUUAGCAUGGACGUAAGGCCUGCUCAGGAAGCAGGCGGGAGCUUUUAUUUUCCAAAACUGCUUCAUCUCACCUGUCAAGGCUGCUGAUUCAGAGAAUUAUAUCUGUUGAUAAAUGUUUAUAUUGAUGAGAAAUCUACAAUCUAACCUUAAGUUAAAGAGGAGGUGAAGCAGACACACUACUGGGAGUAACUCUGACAUUGGAUUUUCACCAGCAGCAGAGAUGGCUCAUGUCACCAAUCAUGGGAAGCUGCUCUUGCAGCGCUUACAUCAGCAGCGGGAGAUGGACUUUUUGUGUGACGUAACCAUAAUGGUGAGAGACGUGGAGUUCAGAGCCCACCGCAACAUCCUGGCUGCGUUCAGCAAGUACUUCUCCUCCCAGGCUGAAAAGGGUCAAGAGGUCACGACCUUGGACCCUGAUAAGGUCAGCCGGUACGCUCUGGAGAAGCUUUUGGAGUUUAUCUACACUGGACAGAUGAACGUCAGCAGUACCAGACAGGCAGCUGUGCGUCGGGCGGCUGUGUUCCUGGGAAUGUCUGAGGCCACAAAGUAUCUGGAGGAAAUCCCUCACUGGUCCGAGCCGAGCGAAACGUCCCAGUCGGAGGCGGAUAAAGAAGCCGGUCUCUCUCCUCCCAGUCCGGCCUCUCCUGGCAGCCCCAGCUCACCAGUUCCCCUGUCUAUCGUUUCCGUUUCUGGGGAGUGGCAGGAGGAGGGGAAGGAAGGCAAGGAGCAGGGUGAUGAGGCCAAAGGUUUAGAUGAGGAAGAGGGAGACAAAAGCGACGAAGAGUACACCCCCACUACUCCAAAGAGUGUUGGAAGAGGACAGGGAAGGAAGAGAGGCAGAAGGCCGAAGAGUUUCAGUGGCGAGCAGAUGGAGCCGAGCGGCUCGGCUGACGGCACCCCCAAAACCCAGGGCAGCAGGGGGAGGGGGAGAGGCAGGGGGAGAGGCAGGGGGAGGGGGAGAGGGAGAGGUGGUGGGAUGGGUGAAGUUCUGGAAGAUUCUGACACGAGUGUGAAGGACUUCGGGGACACCUCUGCAGACUGGAGCCCCUCGCUGGAGGACGACACUCCGGCCAAGAAACCUCGACUGAGCGGCGGAGAGGGACGGAGGGGACGAGGCCGGGGGAGAGGCAGAGGGAGAGGCAGGGGGCGAGGCAGGAGGAGGGCCGAGGAGGAAGGAGAGGAGAGCAACUGGGCGGGGACAGAUGAUGACCUGGUGGAGGAAGAGGAGGGUGAGGUUGGGGAACAGGAUCCGUCAGAAAUGAACGAGCUGUCGCUGUCGUGCACCGAGUGCAACAAACUGUUUAAAGAUGCCAGCAGCCUGCACAGACACGAGAAGAUCCACAAGGGGCUGAAGCCAUUUGUCUGCAUCUUCUGCUCUAAAAACUUCAGACAAGCUACCCAGCUGAAAACACACCUGCGUAUACACACAGGCGAGAAGCCGUUCAGUUGCUCCGACUGUGACAAGUGUUUUGCUCAGAAGUGUCAGCUGGUUGCUCACCGCCGAAUGCACCACGGAGAGGAGAAGCCUUACACCUGUGAGCGCUGCGGUUUCAAGUUCGCUACCUCGUCCAACUAUAAAAUACACAUCAGACUGCACAGCGGGGAAAAACCGUACGUCUGUGACAUCUGUGGUCAGGCGUUCGCUCAGUCCAGCACGCUGACCUAUCACAAGCGACGACACACCGGAGAGAAACCGUACCAGUGCGAUCUGUGCGGCAUGUCGUUCUCUGUCUCCUCUUCUCUCAUCGCACACGCACGGAAACACACAGGCGAGACUCCGUACAAAUGUUCACAAACGCAGUGUGACGCGAGUUUUGUGACGUCUUCCGAACUGAAGAAACACAUGCGACGACUUCACCCGGAGGGGAACACCGGUGUGCAGUGUCUGCUGUGCGGAAACAGGUUCGCCAGCGUGAAGAACAUGAUCAAACACCAGGAGAAGGCUCACGCUGACGAAGUGCGACAACACAAGGAGAGAGCCAGAGCAGUAGUCCUCCUGGCUUCCAGUCAUCCUGUGGCCUUUGUCCAGAGCAAACUCUCACAGGAAAACAAAGGUAUGGUUUCCAUCCCCGAAGGCGAGCCACCCAACCCCGAACCAGCCACCCCCAACCCCAAAGCCACGGCGCCAUCCACAGCCGCCGCCACUGCUGACACCGCUACCACCGAAAGCAUCAUCCACGACUUUAAGGCGGAGCCCGCUCAACCCCCCGUCGCCACCACCGACCAGGUGACCUUCGAACCCGACCAGGAGCAGACCAUCAACUCGGACACCCUCCACGCUCUGGUGGAGCAGCUGCGGCCGCCGCCCUCGCCCGCCCCGAGCCUGGAGCAGAUCGUCAUCAUCAGGACGGUGGACAACGCCGAACACAACCCUCCUCAGCAGUGAGGCCCGAGCCGCACCGGUGUCGCUCUGGUGGAACAUUUUCACCUUUUAACAUACAAACCACAGUCGGCACUCACAUUCAGGCUUAUAGCCCCAUAAAGUAGACUUUAAUGGACAUUUGGUCGUCUGUAAGUGAAAGAUAAUUCUGUUAUACUACAAUUCGGGUCUUAAUUUCAUAGUUUUAUCCAUUAUUUAUCUCAUUAAUAAUAACAUUGUACUAACUACGUUAAUAGCUGAGAUCAAUCCAGUCAGAUGAUGAGACGAGCUGUAAACAAGCCAACGAACCUCCAGGUCAGACAAACUUAUUUGGAAGAGAAAACGAAGGUGAAAGUUAAAAUUAUCAACCAAAGUUUCCGUUGAAAACAUCCGUCACUGAUUCAGCUUUGACCUACCAUAGUUGUGUGCACAGUUUUCCGUUGCAACGAGGGAUUAAUACCAACAUUUCAUGUGCACUCGCUUUCAGUUUGACCUCCAAAUAAAGUUGGAGGAUAAACUAUUGGUUUGUUUACAAGCUGUCUGAUUGUGUGGCUGCUCGUGUUUUUUUUUGCCUCGUCAAACUUAAUUAAAGUGAUGUUUCUGUUAUUUUGAGUUAGUAGAAUGUUAUUACUCGUAGAAAAUAUCGUGUUAAAAAACAAAAAAAACUCGAACGAUCCUUUAACUGAUUUCCUGUCUCCUGUUCACUUGAGUCAUGGCUGCCUGUGACAACAACGCAAGAGGGAAAGCGGGCUCGCAAAUUUAAACAGAAAGGAUUUGGAGUUGUUGUUCCCAAGCAGAGAACAAGAUGGAAAGCGAGUUUGGGAAACCAGAAAUAUCAGAAGCUGAACAUAUUUAACCCUUUUCCACUGCAGGAAUUAAAAAUUUUACUUCCUCAGCCGUAGUUCCCGGCCCCUCAGGUUGUACUUUUUCGAUGGCCCAGGAGCUUUCGGGGUGGAGUUUGCUGUAGGAAGUGAUUCUCGUCGGCCAAACACACAUUUCGAGGCCGCUACAACCUGCGUGCAGAAUUCCCUCUGCGGAUUUCUCUUGCAGCAUCCAUUCAAACAUCAGAGUUGUGUCAACAGUGAGGUAGAUAAACAGCAGUCGUUGGCUUGUCGUGUCUGACGUUGGUCUAAGUUACUAAAUCUUCAUUAGGGACGCACUGAUCGAGCGCACUGGUGCCAAUACUGACACUAAUGAGAGGAUCGGGUGUCUGCCAGACGUGACGGAUCCACUUUAAAUACAGAUUCUUGUCAAUGUCUUAAAAUCUGCUGUUUCGGCUGUCAGUUAUAUACAUUUAUGGUGGGCUGCAGACUAAACGUUUUAGCGCUACAGCAUCCCCGGUGCAUAAAAUUGUCAGCAGUCAUACUCAAACAGCAAUCUCACAGCAGGAACUUUUUUUUUUUUUUUUUGUCCCGCUGCUGAUGUGAGGUUAGGUAUUGACUAACAACAUGAAUAAUCAAUGUGAACAAAGGUUUAUCGCACCUGAAUGUUGACGUAAAAAGUGGAAUGGGACAGCCAGUACAACUCUUGCAUUGUAUGAAUAGAUAAUGAGCCUCGUUAUCACCAUGAGAUAUGAUUUAAUUUAUCAAACAUGUUUCACAGUGUUUGACAUGUGAUGGUGGCUUUAUUAAUGUGAACAACAUAACCCUGUAAAUGCAAACUAAGGAUUUAGUUCCAGUGUAAUAUAGUUUGUUUUAUUUUUUAAAGCAGCUGUUUAAGGUCUUAGCAUUAAUGUCUGUGCUUCAAGUUCGAAAACUACAUCACAUACAGUAUUUUUAUCAACUUGAAAGUCGCUGUUUUUUUUGUUUGUUUGUUUCAUGCUUCUUCUUUUUUUUGUCUUUCUUUAUUUUUUACUUUGGAAAAAAAACUUCUGCAUUAUUUGUACAGAAAUGUGAAUUACAUAUACAAGUUCACGACUGUAUAAAAACUGUACAACGGGAAAAUAAAAUUAAAGACAAAAAGGGA